UUCUGAUGUUGUCAGGUUGUCAUGGAGACCCCUGAGCCCGGUCAGGCAGAUGGUGAGGAGCGGAUGAUGGAGCUGAGACCCAGGACCCGCUCCAAUCCGGAGGGUGCAGAGGACCGGCGCAGCAGCACCGGCAGUCUGAACAACAGCCUUGCAUCGCCACCGCCGCCGCCGCCACCACAGCCGGCCGUGGGCAGCCGUGUGGAGGGAGAGGGAGAAGCGGCCAGCUCCGACAGCCCUCCGACUUCUGCCACCGCCAUCUCAGCCACCGCACCUGCAGCUGUUACUGCGACGGGAAGCUCCACGGCCAGCAUGCCUGCCAUAGCUUCUGCGGUGAAGGAGAGACCCAAACCCCCUCAGCCGUCCAUGAGCACCCAGAUCCCCCCAUCAGCUGAGUUACACCUGCGGGCGCCACGAGUCAACUGCCCAGAGAAAGUGAUCAUCUGCUUGGACCUUUCAGAGGAGAUGUCUCUACAAAAACUGGAGUCGUUUAAUGGGUCCAAGACGAACGCCUUAAAUAUUUCACAGAAAAUGAUUGAGAUGUUUGUGAGAACCAAGCACAAGAUCGACAAAAGGCAUGAGUUUGCUCUGGUGGUGGUGAAUGAUGAUGCCAUGUGGUUAUCAGGAUUCACGUCUGAUCCGCGAGAGCUGUGCAGCUUUCUGUACGACCUGGAGACCAAUGUCUGCGAGUCCUUCAAUCUGGAAGAUCUCCUCAAUGUCAUCUUGCAGAAAAUUGAACUUCCUCAGAUGGAGAACAUUCAGACCAUCCCACCUCCUUUCGUAAUCCGGACUCUCCUCAUCUUCAGCCGGCAUGCUGGCAUGCUUCAGUUCAACCCUUCUGAUGCUGCCAAAGUGAGUUUGUUUGACACGUUACUACAUAAUUAUGAGUCAAUGACAAGAACACUUUUUUUACAGUGACUUCGAAAUCUGGGGGGAAAUCUUUCACAAUCAUGCAAAAAGUUGGAUUCCUAUAGCAAUUACUGGACUUUACCUGUGAAAGUUUGCAGAACUGUGGUAAAUGUGACCUCUCCUUUGUCCACCAAAUCAGUAUACAGAAAAAAAAAUCAAAAACAAAAACCAACAUAUGAGGUGAUAUCAGUGAC